AUGAUUUCAAUUAAUAGUGGUGAUUCUAAUUUAAAUAGUGCUUUACACGGCUGGCUUAAACUCGACAAGAAUUCUAUUACACACCACGAAGUUCUUGAGGACAUAGAGCAUUGCAGAUGGGAUAAAUUAAAGAAAACAAUGUUAAGUAGACAGAAAUUCGGCACAGCUGGACUCCGUGGAAGAAUGGGUGCUGGUUACAUGUGCAUGAAUGAUGUAGUUGUGUUACAAACAGCACAGGGACUUUGUUCUUAUGUUAAAAAAGUUUGUACUCAAAGUCAACUAAGCAAUGGUAUUGUGGUUGGAUUUGAUGGCAGAUAUAAUAGCAAAAGGUUUGCCGAAUUAACAGCAAAAGUAUUUAUCUCAUCAUCAAUACCAGUGCAUCUAUUUUCAUUAGUGUGUCCCACACCUCUGGUUUCUUUUGCAACCAUUCUCUAUGGUGCUGCUGCUGGAGUUAUGGUGACAGCGUCCCAUAAUCCCAAAGAGGACAAUGGGUACAAAGUUUACUGGGGCAAUGGGUCUCAAGUGAUUUCACCACAUGAUGACAGUAUUUUGGAUGAAAUUUUAAACUGUUUAGAGAUCCCAGAUGAUCAUUGGAAUAUUGAUGAGCUGAAAAAUAAUGAAAUGGUCAAGAACUGUCAGGAGGAAGUCACCACUAAGUACAUGGAGUAUAUUCGAAGUAGUCUUCAUAAUGAUGUACUGGAACAGAAUAAACAGGCUAACAUAUCUACUGUGUAUAGCGCAAUGCAUGGAGUUGGCCAUGAGUUUAUCUUGAAGGCUUUUGCUGCUGCCAAUCUAAAGGCUCCUCUAAGUGUUAAAGAUCAACAAGAUCCCAACCCUGACUUUCCGACUGUGGUCUUCCCAAACCCUGAAGAAAAAGAAUGUCUCGAGAUGAGUAAAGCUUUAGCGGAACAAAAUGAGGUUCAACUCGUACUAGUGAAUGAUCCCGAUGCAGAUAGACUGGCCGUGGCUGAAUAUAACAUUGAUACAAAAUCAUGGAAAGUUUUCUCUGGUAAUGAAAUGGGCUCUCUUCUGGGAUGGUGGUUAUUGAAACAGCAUUUAAUCCGAGCUGAAUCUGACGAAUCCGGUGCCAGUGAACCAGUGUAUCUGUUGGCCAGUUUUGUCAGUUCAAAGAUGUUGGCGGCUGUCUCAAGGGGCAAAGGACUUUUUGUUGAGACCCUCACUGGGUUUAAAUGGAUGGGCAACGCAACAUUACUCUUGAAGAAGGAAGGCAAAGUCCCAAUAUUCGCCUUCGAAGAGGCCAUUGGGUACAUGUGCAGUCCCAUUGUCCCAGAUAAGGAUGGGGUUUCGGCUGCUGUUCAGGUGGCAUCGCUGGCUUCUCACCUCUACUCUCGAGGGUCGAGUCUUCAAAAUCAACUACAAGUGUUGUACCGUGACUUCGGCUAUCACGUCUCGUACAACGGGUACUUUAUUUUCAACGAACCGACCGUCGUACAGAAGAUAUUUCUUCGCAUAAGGAAUUUUCACGGAAAAGGAAUUUACCCAAAAACAGUGGGACCGUGCGAAGUGGUGUUCUUAAAUGAUUUUACGGCCGGCGUCAAGAUUCCAGAAGAAAGUGACUCGGAAGGCGAACCGAAAAUCUCUGGCACCGGCCUGGACCAGAAGUACACGAGCGGUGAAAUGAUAACGUUCCGUUGCUCGAACGGGCUCAGCGUGACGGUGCGCACGAGUGGGACCGAGCCGAAGCUCAAGUACUACACGGAACUCGUCUGCCAGGCCGAUACUGUUUGCGCUCAAGAGGCGAAGAAAAUGGAGCUUGAGACCAUGGUCAAGGAGUUUAUCGACGAAUUAAUUCAGCCCAAAGAAAAUGGACUUACUGGUUAA